GUCUCAGCAGUAGAAGUAAGUCUUUGUCGCGUUCUAAACCCUAUGAUGGUCUAUCCUGCACCAUUCGAAACACGCACGCAGGUAGCAGCUGAUUUUUUUCUGCGUGAAAAAUUUGAUAAUUGAAAAUGACGGUGUCUACCACACGAGGCGGGCUACAUAUGACAAGAGAAAAAAGCGUCUCUUGCAUCAGCUCGACGUUGGCAUUUUUACAUGGUCUUGGAUUUUCCACUAAAACAAGGAAUGCAUGCUACAACAACGAAAACGACAGAAAGGCGCACGUUUCCAUGUGGACGUGUCGUCGGUCUGUUUUUUUUUCUUGCGCAAGUAAGUAGGUAGCACCUCUCGUUUUUUGGAAAAGUGUGCCCACGACGCUUUUGCUAUUCUCUUGUCCAUAGCUCGGGAUAUCACCAACACCUCACAAGAGCACGAGCUGGAUCUCGUCAACAACAAGCAGGUCCUUGGUAACGCGCAACUUCCCAAUGGCGCUUCCCAGCUGGACCCGAAAGACCAGGUCGGCGGGGGGAACGUGAAGCGCGCAAACAAGAGGAGAUCGGUGUCGGGAGGUCACAACGCGGAUCACGCGAGCAAAACUGGUGCUGGCGGCACUUCUUCCUCAACAGCGUCUCAGCCAUCGAUAGAACAGCCGUUGUCAGAUCCACAAGAAGUGGAGGACUAUGCGCGCGACAUAUACACCUUCCUGUGCAACAAGGAGAAGACGGACGACAUGAGGGUAAGUACUUACUAUGUUUAGCGGCUUUUAUGUCAUUCGACCGCAACGGUAGAAAGAGAAACAGAAACUGAAACCCAUCUGUGAUGUCUGUCUCUGUCUUGCAGGUGUGCCGCACAGGAGAUGCAUCUGAUCUACAAGUUAAAUUCGCCAUGCAGAUGCAGUGUGUAGAACAGGCAAUUUGAAGAUGAAGUAUCGUCCUCAUGCGAUCCGGUUUCUAUUUUGGAACAACUAAAAAAACCAGAUAAAUUCGGCGUUUCUCGAGGGAGCAGCGGAGGUAUCAACAAGGAUGCGGGGAAUACUACUGGACUGGCUCAUCGAGGUGCACUACAAAUUCAAGUUGCUUUAUGCCAUGAAAUAAAUCUUGAGCGAACAAGGAAUCUGCAAAUUUUUAUCUUUGUCAUUCGUGUUGAGUGCAACUUUAACCGAAGGCAUAGCUAGGUGAGAGAUAGAUCAUGCUGAACGAAGCCCAGGCCUCGGGCCCUCGAAUUAUUUUUCCUGCCCGAUGACAUCGCACAUGCUUAUGCAAAGAUGCGAAAAAUCUAUGGCUUCGCUCAAGAUUGCGCUAGGAUCGUUUGCCCGAGACGCUGUAUCUGUGUGUGAAUCUGAUUUUAUCCUGUGUGACAAGCUACUUCCAUUCUUCCGGCCGGUAGAUAACGUAUGACGAGAGCUGGAUUUAUUUGUCAUGGCGGCGCUGCAGCAAGGCCAGAGCCAGAAGCUGAAAAUGCUUCACUUUUAUUUGCAUGGGACUGACUUGUUGUGCUAGAUCCACUUAAAAGUGCUGUAAUUUGUUGUUUUCGUGGUCGUCGUGAUGUUUGAAGGACAAACCGCACCAGAAACAAAGUGAGUGGAAUACAUUCUUUCGCAUCAUUCAUGUUGCGAAAGAAAACAUAGUGAAUUUUAUCAAGAGAACGUCCUUGAGGACGGAACAGAAGUAGUUUUCACAAGCGAUACCUCGACCGGUAUCUCCAGCGGGACCGGGCCAUCCCAAAAAGGAGAUUGCAACUGAUGGGGGGAACAUGUAAUUUUUUUUUCUCGUCGCUAAGUGUAAGUAGGACUAGGAUCAUCCUGUUGCUAGUUUUUCAGCGCCAGUAUUUGCAAGUUCGUCUACUUCGUGCUCAGAUUCGAGUUAGAGAAUAUGAAUAGCAGAGCCUGAGGACAUGAUCAUGUUCAUGAUAUCAAAUAAAAUAUGAAAUCAAUGACUCAGCAUCAGCGUGGUUUGUUUCUACAUCCUCCCAGGUAUGCUGAUCGCGGCGAAGUAUGAGGAAUACCGACCACCAGAGGUGAUAUCAAUUGUAAAAAUUUCUGGGUCUGGAAGAAUGCAACUUGUGAUGCUGCGUCAAGAUUCCAAAAAAAUCUGUAUUGCAUGAGUACCAAAGGGAAUGCAAUUUUUGCUACGCUGAGAAGGCAUUUGUCAUGCGGAAUAGGCAUCAAGAAGCCUUCAAAAGAUCUGUAUUGCUAGGGUAUGCAUCACAGACGUCAGGGCUCAUGCAAAACGUGCAUGACAGAUCUCGCAUUCUUCCAGACCCAGACAUUUUUCCAUUUGAUAGGUGAAGGAAAUCUGCUACAUCAUGGACAACGCGUACAAGAUAUCCCACAGAAAAAAGAGGCUAGAAUAUCACAUCUGUACGGCCCAUGACAGUUUUUUCUGUUUCUUAUUCUCUAUUUUCGCGGUACAUACAACUACAAUUACAAAUCCAAAUCCAAAUCCCAUCGUAUGAAUACGUACUACUGAUAUGCUAGCGCUUUUCUGUGGGAUACAAGCGGGAAGACGUACUAGAGAUGGAAGUCCAAAUCCUGAACACACUGGUACGGGGUCGCUCUUUGAACUACUACAAGACCCGUAAAGAAGAUUUGUGAUGCAAACCUGCGAGAAGCGAUUGACGUACUUCUUGUUAUCCAAGAGGCGGCAAAAUUCUUUUUUCAAAUCCUGCGAAGAUGAAACUUUUUACCCAACACAGAAAUUCUCCAUCACAAGUGCAAGUCCGCUGCAGUUCCUGGAUUUCUACGCCAAGGGAUAUUGUGCACGAGAAAGCGAGAUCCACUCUCUCGCUCAGUUCUGCCUCGAAUGCUGCAUAACCGACCCCGUGAUGAACUCGUAUUUUGGAUUACUGAUUUCAAAUAUAAUCCCCCUACUUUGUUUGAAUUUGACAAUAAGAACAAAUGAAAACGCGUGGACACAGUUUUCCCCGUCGACGUACUCAUGAUCUUUCUGCAUGAUCUAGCAGACUCCAAAAGCACAAAGGUAUCUCCCGUCACAACUUGCCGGUGUGGCACUCUACGCCGCGGAGCGCAUGAUGCAAGGCAAGGUCGGGACGCCGGUGAGUGACAACGCAACGCCGGCAACGCCGGGGAGCUGCAGCAUGAAACUCCUCAGCGAAAUGGAGGAAAAGCUGAUCGGGGUACUGACUAUUAUAGGGAUCAUAGUACACUGUGUUAAUCUUGAUAUAGUCACACGAUCAUUUUUUUUUCAAGCCAUGUUUCAUUCUAGCAGGUGCUGCUGCGGCGCUAGGAGGAUGCAUGAGGUCAGAGGUUCAAGCAGUUGAAGUGGUGAAAGUCUACUUUUUUCUCCUCUCAGGUAAUAGAAGUGCAGAAGGACAAAGCGCUGGGCAAGAAGUACGCAAAGGAACGCUACAAGAACGUGAUGCAAUAUGUGCGCCGUUCCUUCGACAUGCCCUGCGAGCAAUAAGGAAAGGUGGAAAAGAUACCGCUGUGGUCAAUACUUUUCUUAAUACUUCUUAGUUCACAUUCAUCAUUUUUAGGUUUAGUGCAAACAGACAAGGAAGACAACUCAUGUUUCAGAUUUUCAGAUUUCAACCGAUUUUAUGAUUCUUUUCAGUUUGAGUUUCACAAUAACAGGUCCAGAUGUGUAGGUAAACAGCAGACAAUGAAUGAUUCUGACAUCAUUAAAGCAUGCAGUUUCAUCAGAAUUCAGAUUUUCAUUUGCAGAGACUCGUUUCCGAUACUAGAGCAAUCACAAUUUCAUGGUAAAAACUUGUAUUUCAGUAUGGUCACAGCACUGUUUGGCGGUUAUGCUUUCAUGUUUACUAACGUGGACGAACAAGAGCAAAAAACAGAUUAGCAGCGACAAUGGAGGCAAGGGCAUUAGCAUCAGUUAUUGUCCCGUCUGGCGCUUCUACGUAGAACGAGGACAGUGUCUGUCCUUCUUCAGCAACAAAUCAUGAGAAAAACAUCCACUCCUGUACACGCUUUGAUGUUUAUACAAAUUCUACUUUUGUUGUACUGCUGUACCUGUAUGUUUACGUAAAAAACCUAAAUGAAUUUCAUUAAGUAGGCACAGCUAUCAUGUAACAUGUAAAAACGCGUUUGUUUCAUCAGCAACGUGCAACAUCUCCUGUUAGAGACAGACAAAAAGUGUAAAAAUGCAAAAGGUGAUGGUAAGCACGGAAUACAUGGUGCUUUCACGACCCUAGAGCAGUAGACAUCCCGACGCACUUGGGUCAUAUUUUUACUUCAUGAUUGAGCCAUGUAAAAUUGGAAAUUCUGUCAAGUAAAAAGCGUACACAAAACUACCACAGCACAGCACUGUACAAUCGGUAGACUAUUGUAAACAGCACCGCAGUUCUUACAAGAACUUGCUUCUGAUGAUUUGUAUUCCACCUCUUCUGGUAUAUCUGUGUUUUCUCAGGUGUUUCGUUACAGGACUUCUCUUCACCGUACGUAUAAAUAACAUGAUGGCACCUACAGUGAAUUGUAGGACGACGUGGAGAUGGAACCAACAGAGAAAGAACCGUCUACUUUUUCUUGUUUUCAAUUAGCAUAUUCCUCAGAAAUGACUCCCCCUUUUAUGAUAGAUACUUCUUAGAUGCAACUACUAAUUGUAUACACGACGACUUCACAAAUAAAUAUAAAAUCGUGCUUCGUUACUAAUGUUGACAAUCCGGCGGCGCAAUUACAGAAAAGAACCGUCACCUCCAGCAAAGGAUGGACUCAGCCAGGCUGGUUUUUCGUCCCUGCCGCCGGUGAUAGACUUCUGAUCGAUCCAUGGUGGCAUUUCUAAUGUCCUGUAUGAUUUUGAUAUCCCAGAAAAUGACGACUUCACAUGCCGCAAGAAAGAAGACUUGCUGCAGUAGGUCCGUCACGAAAAUUGAACACAUUUGGCUGAAGCAGAAAGCAAAAAUU